ACACGCACGGUGGUUCACUCUCGUUUGAAAUCUCGCCCGGAACGGCACGUAGCGCGUCACUCUCUCCGUGGUACAGUCCCAGUUGGAAUACGGUUGGAACGCACGUUUACUCUGAGUGUUUUAGUGUGAAGGAUAUCGUGCCUUAGUAGCAAACACACACACGCACAACGUCCUCUCCUUGAUAUUGUCCGGUAGGUUCUCUGCAGCGCGUCUUCCGUGAGAUAGGAACGAAAGGGAAAACCACAAACCAUGGGAUCCGGCGGUAGAAUGGACUGCUGCGGGCAGUGCGUAAAGUACAGCAUGUUUGUGGCCAACUUUGUCAUCUUCCUUGGCGGUGCGAUCGUGUUCAGUUUGGGCAUCUGGACGCUGGUGGACAAACACUUCAUCAACGAGCUGCUCGGCACGAACCUGUUCUCCGGUGCGGUGUACGUGCUGAUCGCCACCUCCGCCCUGGUUUGUCUGCUGUCGUUCUUCGGAUGCAUGGGCGCGGCCAAGGAGUACAAGUGUAUGCUGCUGACGUACUUCAUCCUAGUGUUUCUCAUCUUCGUGACGAUGCUGAUCGGCGGCAUCCUGGGGUACGUGUUCCGCGAGAAGGUGUCGCAAACGAUGGGCGACGAGAUGCGCUCGUCCAUGAGUCUGUACGGUUCGCGCCGCUCGAUCACGACGGCCUGGGACGAAACGCAGGAGCGGCUGAAGUGUUGCGGCGUCCGGAGCUACAGCGACUGGCGGGGCGACAUCCCGCAGUCCUGCUGCCAGCGGACGCUCGAUGGCUACAAGCCGUGCAUCGAAAAUCCGAGCCCGGAGAACAUCUACAUCAACGGGUGUCUGGAGAUCACCUCGAGCUACAUACGCGACAAUGCGGCCAUCAUCGGUGGGGCCGGCAUCGGGGUGGCGGUGCUGCUCAUCUUCGGCAUGAUAUUCUCCUGCUCACUGUUCCGGAUGAUCGAAUAGAUGGUGGUGCGCUGCUGCCGAGUGUCACCACUGUACACAACAAAGCUCUGAGUUUCCUGGGAGCUGAGCUCCUUGCGAGUGAGAUGGGGUGGUGUUCUGGUAUUAGGUAGAGAUUUUCCAAACUUUGGUUGGAAAGGACAGGCUACCGAAUACCUGGGACAAAGUAUUGGCAAAAAAAACAGCAAUAUCAGCAAGCAAACCGCGGAUAACACUAUCUAUUACCAAGAUGCGCACAAUAUCUUUAUACUACAAUAUCUUAAGCCUCCAUCUCCAUCGUUUCUUGUCCCUUUUGUAACGGUGAACUAAGCUGCCGUACCUAAGCUGGAGGGACACUGAUCCAGCUCUUUCUACACUUCCGUAUUCCGUCCAGAGCGUUCGGUGCCUCCAGCGCACAAUUUUGUUUGUUGUAAAAAGCGUGCACAGAGCUCGAUCCCGAAUUCUCCCUACCUUUAGCUGUGCUCGUAUGUAAGAUUUAAGGUUUUUGUACAUGUGCUUUCCCCCGUUUUGUUUUUUUUUCUUCAUUUUCUUUUGUGAAGUGUCGUUUCCAGCAGCAUCUCUGUGCGCUUCUCAUCACAUCAUCGUACACGAUAAGAAGAUUUUAAUUUUGUUUAAUUUUAAUUUAACACGAUCGAAACACACGCAGCACGGACACACGCGAGACAAACCAACAUCGAUGAUGCAAAAUUACCGCUAGCGUGAACGAUAAUUGUACAACUUCCAUGUGCUUUUAUGUAUGUUAGGUGUUAAUAAAGAGAGGAGCGAUAAGAACUUUAAA